UAGACUGAUAUCCCACAAUGCACUGAACUGUCACUCGCAUGUGUAAAUAUAGCGGAACAGUUCCAAGUUUGGAAACUUUUUCUGAUGCAUGCAUCCAUUUGCAUGAUGAUCCCUCAAUUUAAAUCAGAAAACAGUCUCCAAACGACAAUUAUUUGUUGUUAAGAAACCGGUAUUGACGCGUGGUGUGGUUCUCGUGGGCGCAAAGUUGAAGAGGAAGUGAAGUUUUUUCAAUGAAUCAAAUCCAAGAUGGCUUCCACUAACGUUAGUUUGGACGACAUAGACUUGUCUAGUUUAAGGGACCCAGCAGGAAUAUUUGACCUGAUUGAAGUUGUUGGAAAUGGAACUUAUGGCCAAGUAUACAAGGGGAGGCAUACAAAGACAGGACAACUGGCAGCCAUUAAAGUAAUGAAUGUCACAGAGGAUGAAGAAGAGGAAAUUAAACUAGAAAUAAAUGUCCUCAAGAAGUUUUCCAACCACAGAAACAUUGCCACAUAUUACGGAGCAUUUAUCAAGAAAAGUCCCCCAGGAAAAGAUGAUCAAUUAUGGCUGGUUAUGGAGUUUUGUGGAGCUGGUUCAGUCACAGAUCUGGUCAAAGCCACAAAAGGAAGCAGUUUGAAGGAAGAAUGGAUUGCAUAUAUUGGCAGAGAGAUGUUACUGGGGGGUCUUGCACAUUUACACAGCAAUAAAGUCAUACAUAGAGACAUCAAGGGACAAAACGUUUUACUGACCGACAAUGCUGAGGUCAAACUAGUUGAUUUUGGAGUCAGUGCCCAGUUAGAUAAAACCAUUGGCAGAAGGAACACCUUUAUAGGGACACCCUACUGGAUGGCCCCUGAGGUGAUUGCUUGUGAUGAGAAUCCAGACGCCACGUAUGACAACAGGAGUGACCUUUGGUCUCUAGGUAUAACAGCAAUAGAAAUGGCAGAGGGUAAACCACCACUGUGUGAUAUGCAUCCUAUGAGGGCCCUCUUCCUUAUCCCCAGGAAUGCUCCACCGAGAUUAAAAUCAAACAAAUGGUCCUCCAGGUUUUCAAAUUUUGUGGAGACUUGUUUACUGAAGGAUUACAUGCAUCGGCCAAACACAGAGACAUUACUUAGACAUCCGUUUAUAAAGGACCAACCCACGGAGCGACAGGUCCGAAUUCAGCUAAAGGACCAUAUAGACAGGCACCGCAAAAAGAGGCCAGAUGACGAGGACAACAUGACAGAGUGGGUACCCAGUGAUGUAGAGGAAGAAGAGGAAACAAACAUGGCCGGUGAACCAAGCACGGCCAGACGUAGAGAAAGCAAGCCGGAUCCUAACAGACCAGUCUCCAUCCUUCAGAUCCCUGGAGAGUCCACACUAAAGAGAAACUUUCAGUUGAUUCAGCAGCGUGAGGGUCACCCCCAGAACUCCCGCCCCGUCCCCGUCCAGCAGCAAGGUCGACAGGGUCAAAGGCCGUCAAGUUCAAAACAGGGAUGGCCCGGGCCAUACCAACCACCGCAGGGUCCUGGGAGACAGCAGCAGAUUGCCAGACCACCGCAGCCAAUAGUGGAGGAAAAGUCUGAGGAUGUGAACCGAGACCCGGAAGCCGAGGACAAUAGUGGGUCCGGGUCAGAGGACGAAAGCUCAGAACAAAGGCCCUCAAGUAAAGCCCAGAAACCAGAGGACCUAGAUAAGUAUGCCAAACAGCUGAUAGACAUGUUGUAUAUUGAGGAGAAGGGCUCCUCAGAUGAGGAGGAGGAAGUUGAGGAGGAGGUCACAAGGGACGGAACUCUUCUCGCCUCAGAACCCGCCAGACCUUUACCUACUGGUGGUUUUAACCAUGACACAUUAGAAACCCUGUCUUCCAUGGUCAUCCACACAGACAUUUCACCCUCACACUCCAACCAAAGCCCCGCCAACAAAGUCAGCGAGAACUCACGUAACCGUGACAACGACGACGGAACCCUGGUCGUCAGAAGGAAUAAAUCUGAGAAUGUUCUCGGAGAUAAAGCACAGAGGCCCAAACUUGGAAAGGCCAACUCUAAUCCAGUAGGAAACCUAGGACAUUCAAGUGUGCUUCAGCAACCCCGACACAGUGCCAGCAGUGGAGUACUCCCAGAUCUCCUGCCCCCUCACACCCCACCCCAGUCACGGUCCGGCCUUACCCCACAGAGACCCCAGGACAAGACCACAUCAGACGAGUAUCGUCAGGCAGUCAGUAAUGAGGGAGGGGUACUGAGACACCAGCCUAAGUCUUUCUCGGCCUUUGGGUUCGGAGCCUCUGAGGGUUCGACCUUGACCUCCCAGUCAUCUCGCCGUGGCUCACAGAUUAACGUCAAUGUGGCGCCAUCACAACCCAUGACCGAAGCUCUGAGUGACACGCCAGAAAUCCGAAAAUACAAGAAAAAAUUCUCCUCAGACAUCUUGUGUGCUGCAUUAUGGGGGGUCAACUUACUCAUUGGCACAGAAAAUGGUUUGAUGCUAUUGGACAGAAGUGGUCAGGGAAAAGUUUACACAUUGAUCUCACGGCGGAGAUUCCAACAGAUGGAAGUCUUAGAGGGACAGAAUAUUCUGGUCACAAUCUCCGGCAAGAAAAACAAAAUCCGCGUCUACUAUCUGUCAUGGCUGAACAACAAAAUCUUCAAAAAGGAAGCGAAUGACAGAAGGAAUGGCUGGGUGAAUGUAGGAGAACUGGAGGGGUGUGUCCACUUCAAAAUAGUUAAGUAUGAGAAGAUCAAGUUCCUUGUGAUAGCCUUACAGGAGAGUAUAGAGAUUUACGCCUGGGCUCCCAAACCUUACCACAAAUUCAUGGCUUUUAAGUCUUUCACAGAUCUAGUCCACAAACCAUUGAUAGUUGACCUUACAGUGGAAGAAGGUCAAAGGUUAAAGGUUCUUUAUGGUUCCCAUAGUGGUUUCCAUGGCAUCGAUGUGGAUGAAAUGUUGGCGUAUGACCUGUACAUUCCCACACAUACUCAAGGCCCAAUCCUGCCUCACACCAUCGUCAUUUUACCCGACACCAACGGAAUGGAGCUCCUCUGCUGUUAUGACAAUGAGGGAGUUUAUGUGAACUCCAGCGGCAGAGUGACAAAGAAUGUCAUCGUACAAUGGGGAGAAAUGCCCACAUCUGUUGCCUACAUCAGCACUGGUCAAUUGAUGGGAUGGGGAAACAAAGCCAUCGAGAUACGAGCGGCCGAGACUGGACAUCUUGAUGGAGUGUUCAUGCACAAGAAAGCUCAGAAACUCAAGUUCCUCUGUGAGAGAAAUGACAAAGUCUUUUUCUCAUCAAUGAGGUCGGGCUCAAGCUGCCAGAUAUAUUUUAUGACUCUGAACAAACCAGGAUUGGCCAACUGGUGAACCUGUUACCAUGGAGAUAUUUAAAUUUCUCAGGGUAUCGAGAAAUAAACCAAUGGGAAAGAAGCUAGGGUUACCAUGGCAACAGAAAUAUGUUAUGAGUAACAGUCACACAAUUGUAAUUAUGGACUAAUUAGCAAAUUGAUGAGGCUUUGUCUAGAUCUGAAAUGUGCAGCUACUUCACUGCACGUUGUCUUUCUUUCGAAUGUGUUGUUUUUUCGAUUUUUAUUUUCGUUUCAUUCCAGAAACAAAGACAAGCUAUAACUUAAGUCUCUCAUGUUAAUUGUGUUUAAUAUCUUAAGUUAAGAAGUAUAAUACUCAAACAAGUGCUAAAUUAUUCUUAUCUCCAACUGAUAUAUACUUACUUUUGUAAAUAUACCUAUAAUGAACAAUGCACAGUCUGAUUUCUUUAGCAUUAUAUAGCUCACAGGGACUUAAAUGGGGUCCUCUGACCCAAGUUUGUUCUCAUCCAUUUAAAAUCUGGAAAGAUUUUAAUUUCUGAUAGAUGGUUAUUUUUCUAAUUUAAUAAUAUGUAAUAUAUAGAAGGAUACCAUGAUUUUGGGGUUGUCCAAUCUCUAUUUUAUAUAAUAUCUACAUAGUAAAUGUCUCCAAACAAAGCAAACAGGACAUACUAGAUGUAUUCCUCAAGUGACCAUAAAAAAAGUUUCAUGACAUUUAAUGACUGGCAAAAUUAACUGUCAAUCCUAAAUGGCUGGGCAAUUUUUAGCCAGGUCUUUUAGUUAAGUGUCCACUAGCUUGAAUAUCCUUCAAACUUAUAAAAACAGGAGGUCCCUUUGAGCAUGAGAAAUAAUUGAAUGGAAAACUUUUAGGUUGGGUUUUAAGUCAAACAUCUUAUUCUAGUCAAGUAAUGAUUUUUUUUUUU